AUGCGCUUCUUGAGCCUCGCUUUGGCGCUCCCCUUCGCCGGGGGUGCCGCGGCCUUGAGCCGCCGGGCUGACGACAACAGCACGGUUACUACCAUCAUUCCGAGGAGCUACAUCGUGGAGUAUGCGCCUGGCCAAGCAAAUAGGCGAGAUGGGCUCAGAGCCGCCGAUGGCAUCAAGAUUGUGAAGACCUUCAGCAACCCCAUCUUCUCGGGCGCCAGCAUCGAGACCGAUUCCUACAGCGUGGAAAGUCUCCAGGCGAUGCCGGACGUCCUGCACGUCUGGCCGAACAAGAAGGUCUCGCUGGGCCCCGUCGCGCCGCAGAUCGUCGGCGCCGACGUCCCGCAGAGCCUGAACUACACCUCCCACAACGCCACGGGAGUUGACAAGCUGCAUAACGCGGGCAUCUUUGGCAAAGGCGCCAAGGUGGGGGUUGUUGAUACUGGUACUUGGUACAACCACACAGCUCUCGGUGGUGGGUUUGGGCCUGGCUUUAAAGUAGCAGGCGGAUACGACUUCAUUGGCGAUGGGAGCUGGCCUAUAGGCGACAAGUCACCGGAUAGUGACCCUAAGGACCUUAUGGGCCACGGAACCCAUGUUGCCGGGAUCGUUGCAGCCAAGGGCGACGGAUGGACGGGUGUUGCCCCUGAGGCGACUUUGUACUCAUACAAGGUGUUUGCUCGUGAAGAUUAUACCGACACAGAAACGCUGAUUGAAGCAUUCCUGCGAGCUUAUGACGAUGGCGUUGAUAUCAUAACGGCCAGCAUUAACCAGCCCGGCGGCUGGUCUUCCGAAGCCUGGUCCGAAGUCGCCUCCCGUCUCGUGGACGAAGGCAUCCUCGUCACCAUCUCCGCCGGAAACGACGGGGACAAGGGCCCACUUUACGGCAGCACGGGGUCAUCUGGCACCAAUGUGAUUGGCGUCGCCUCCGUGCAGGGGGAGGUGUUCCCCUCGUUCCCCUUCGGCGCCAACUUCUCACAGGGCGGAACCACCAACACCACGACGCUCGGCUACCUCCCUUCGACCUACUACUUCCCGUCCUCGGUCGUCGGGUGGCCCGUCGUGCCGCUCGCCUUCAACACCUCGGACCCCGCCGAAGCAUGCCAGCCCUACCCCGCCGGCACGCAGAACCUGACGGGCAAGAUCCCGCUCGUCCGCCGCGGCACCUGCGCGUUCUCGGUGAAGCAGGGCCACCUGGCCGCGCUGGGCGCCGAGUACAUGCUCUUCUACAACAACGAGAGCCCGCUCGCGCAGCCGGGGACCUCGGACGAGAGCACGCUGAUCGGGCUGGUGACCGCGGAGAUCGGGCAGGCCAUCAUCGACUUCGUGCAGGCGAACGGGUCCGUGACGGCCGACUUCUCGCUGAACCCGGAGAACCCGAUCGCGUACGCGUUCCGCGACGCCAGCAAGCCCAACAUCUUCUCGCAGUGGGGGCCCUCCUUCGACCUGGACAUCAAGCCGGACAUCGCGGCGCCGGGCGGCAACAUCUUCAGCACGUACCUCGACGGCGACUACGCCAUCAUGAGCGGGACGUCGAUGGCGGCGCCGUACGUGGCGGGCAUCGCGGCGCUGUACGUCGGGGCCUUUGGCGGGCGCGAGGUGCACGGGAAGGGGUUCGCGCACGCGCUGCGCAAGAAGAUCAUAUCGAGCGGGACGAGCGUGCCGUGGUCCGACGGGUCCGACACCGAGUUUCCGUUCACGGCGAGCGUGGCGCAGGUGGGCAACGGGCUGGUCAACGGGUUCAAGGUGGUGAACUACAGCACGGAGGUCGAGUACGACAAGUUCGUGCUCAACGACACCGCGCACUUCCAGCCGUCGCACCCCGUGACUAUCACGAACACCGCCGACCGCGACGUCAGCUACAGCUUCUCGUCCGAGAGCGCCGGCGGCCUCGAGAUCGUCGGCUGGCUUAAUGUCGAGUCUGGGUGGUCGAGACGGGUCAAGUCGUUCGAUGAGAUCGAGCCCAUAGAGCUCGCUGUCGAUGUUAAGCUGCCUGGAGACUUCUCUCUGAAGGCUGGCGAGAGCAAGACUGUUUCGGUCGACUUUGUUAAUCCCCAAGGGUUGGGCUGGAAUUCGUCCGGGUUCCCUAUAUAUAGCGGGAAAGUCAUUCUCUCCUCUAGCUCUGGGGAACAGCUUUCGUUUCCUUACUUGGGACUCGCGACCGACUUGAAGGCAGAGUUUAACGGCUCCAUCAACUACCCUACGUUUCCGUUCUCCACGUCUACGGCUUAUUCAACAAGCCUGUCGGUCAAGUCCUACUAUACAUUCAAUAUUAGCCGAGCCUCUCAAGACUACCCAAAGAUUUAUACCCGAACCAUCUGGGGUAUCAAGCAGUUCCGCUGGGAUGUUUACGAAGCCAACUGGAACGAGAGUCUGUGGUCUUACCCACCAACAGAAGGCGAGAAUGGCUAUAUUGGACCGGUAGCGGAAUGGGUUGGUUCGUCAACCUACGAUGAACGAUAUGACAAUCCCAAUGAUACUGUCACCUAUCCCAUAACAGACAAUUUACGUGGAGGUGGGACUCAUUGGUGGUUCGGGAAGCUAGGAAAUGGUAGCCAAAUCGCGAAUGGUAACUACACAUGGCGCUUCGCCGGACUCAAACCAUUUGGAGACCCGGCUGUUUCGGGAGAUUGGGAUAUUUAUAAGACUCCUCAAAUCACGGUUUUGGGCCAUUAUUAG